GGUACAGGCACAGCGCUCAAUGUAGAACUUGUUGUCAUACAUAGCUACGAAAACCACUAAAAGUAACGACUUCGGAGGUUCCUCUCAUCACUUCAGUUCGUGUUUAUGACAGUAAACAGUGUGGUAAACAACAAAAUGGAGGUCGACCAAGUUGAGAUCAAUCAGGACUUGUAUUCCCGACAGAUCGGGACAUACGGUCUUGAGACUAUGGGUCGCUUGGUUCAGCUGCGCGUCCUGAUUCAGGGUCUUUCUGGUGCAGGUGUUGAGGUUGCAAAGAACCUCGUGCUGGCUGGUCCGAAGUCCGUUACCCUUUACGACCCAGUGGUGUGCCAACUCGGAGACUUGGGCCGAAAUUUCUAUGUGACAGAUGCCGACGUCAAGGAGGGCAAGACACGAGCGGAAGCCUGUUGCGAGAAGCUGCAGAAGCUGAACUCGUACGUGCAGGUGAGUAUACUCAGUAGCAAGAAUGCCUCAACACCGGUCAAGGCAGAACCGAAUGGCGCUAGCAGCUACAACGUGAGCAGUGUCAUAGACCCGGCAAAUUUUGACGUAGUCGUUCUCUCAGACUCGAUGGACCUGAGAACUGAGGACAUCGCCGCGCUGAACGAGCGGUGUCGCGCUGGCAAGACCGGUUUCAUCAUGGUGGAAAACGCUGGCGUUGCUGCAAAAGUUUUUGUCGACUUUGGCAAGAACUUCAUUGUGCGGGAUGUCGAUGGCGAAGAGCCAAGAACGUCGAUCCUUGCAUCCGUAUCUCCAACCGGAGAAGUUAUGACAAACGACCAGCUAGCGAGGCAUGGUUACCAAGAUGGUGAUCAUGUUCUUUUUCGGGAAGUCGAAGGCAUGACUGGAAUCAAUGGAAAGCAGUUUGAGAUCACCGACACGAAGCCCUAUGCAUUCAAGUUGAAGCUGCCGCAAGGCAUGGUAUCAUAUCAAGAUGCACGGUAGCUCACUGAUUUGUGAAAAAUAAGUCUGUGUCAAGUAUGAAGCUUGAUACCCAUGCGUUUCAGUCGAAUAUUCAAUCUGUGGUUUGUAGCAGGCAUGCAAAACGUAGCCAGAUGAUCUCUAUUACUAUAUUUUAUAAAGUUAAACGAUGAGACCGAUUUUCAUCAACAUGUCGUUGAUCUUGAUACAGUAUCGCACAUGUCGUUGAUUUCUACUAAUGAAUCUGGAAUCUUUGUCCGCCAAGGACUGCAUCGCUUUUGCUACAAACAACUUGACAGACCGAUCUUUCUUCGUUUGGCGCAUACACGCGCGAAGGACUGGUGACGCAAGUGAAGGUGCCGAAACCGAUUGAGUUUCGAUCAUGGACCGAGAGUCGGACUGCGCCAGUAGCUCCCGGGGAAUUCAUGUUGCCGAUGCCCGACUUGGCGAAAUUCGGCCGUUCAGAACAGCUCCAUCUCGCGUUUGAGGGUUUGCGUGUGAAACGCGAAAUGAAGUCGAAUAUCAGCGCCCUAGCAUGCACGGACAAGUGCAACAGCGAAAUGACAGCCGACGGUGGCGGUAAGGUGGAAAAAGUGGACACAAAACUUCUUGCCAAGGUAGAGAAAUUUUCCCGGUGUUCGCUUGUACCAAUGGCAGCAUUCUUGGGCGGAUUAGUGGCACAGGAAAUCGUGAAGUUCACAGGGAAAUACACGCCGCUGCACCAAUAUCUCUACAUCGAUAUGUUCGAGCUUGUCGAAGAUAUUCCGGAGACGCAGCCAUGUACUAAAACUUACUGAAAUAACGACCUCCACAUAUUUUGAUUUCUUUUUUGCUGCAGAUGCUACAGGAACAUUGACAAUACAGGAAGAGGCCUGACAAGUGUCACGAGGAGGGGUCCCUCCUUGACAAGUGUCAGGGUGGGGCUUUCCUUGACAAGUGGCACGGGGAGCAUCUUGACAGCUUUUGGGAUUAGGGUCUUGACAAUUGUCAAGGGGGGGGCCUGACAAGUGUCAAGAGGUGACGCGUGACUAGUGUCCGGGUGAGAGUCUCGACAAGUCUCCACAGGAGACGGAGAGGAGCGGGCGCGGGUGAAUAAGUCCCGCACUUUUGCUAUUUAUUUGGAAGCUUUUUCCGAUGGUGAAAAGUGUUCGGCGGCGCUUCCUUUGAGAUUUGGCGACACUACGCCCACGAGCCUGCUGCGGUGUGCGAAUGGUGCGGGAGGUGGAGGACUGGGAACAGCCUCAGGCCGCAAAGCUAAGCGACCCCCAAAGACGUGAGUAAGCUCGUCAAAACUAACACGCAGGGCAGUACCACCAGGCCAGCCUCGGCGAGAAGGGCCCGGCCGAGCUGAGUAGCAGCGUGCUCGGCUGGUGGCUUCGGCAAAGCAAGAGGACGCGGGCAGCAUUUGCUCCAUUUGCGGCGCCUUGGACUGUUUGGCGACGCAGGGCCCGCGAGCUCUUGGCGAAAUGGCGCCGGCGCUCUCUCGCUAGGUUCGGAAGUUUAUCGGCCCGCAGGGCCUCAAUUUUUCACGAGAGUGAAGACAUGCCGACGGCAACGGCGUGAACAAAAGAAGCGCGGCCGCAAGCCUCGCAAUUGUAGCCGGCGGCGCCUCUUUUUGCGGUUCGUUGACUGAUGGGAUUUCUCGCGGCAGAGCGCAGCAGAGCGCGCACUCUGGUCGCCUUUUGUGGCAAUGUCACAAAUUAAGGAGCAACCAAGGCGCCGCCGUGGAAUGGAACAAAAGGAGCGGCGGCAGCGCUUGCGCCCGGACUUGCCGGGGGUAUUCGGUGUGCCAACGAGAUGGCCUUGGGAGCGUCACGGCGUCGCCGCUGCUGCUUGCAGCCUGGAAGCAAUUGCAACACCUGAAGGCGUUCGCGGCGCUGCAGUAAGCCUGGGCUUGGUUUGCGGGCUUUGCGUAGCGUCUUGCUUCUGCGUUCUGAAGUGCUCGGCGGCGAGCGUCGCCAACAAGAUGGGCGGGGUAUGAGGAUGAAGGGCGAGGGCAACGGAUAUGGAACGAACGGGCGCGGCUUGCGUGGCGUUGCUGCUUUUGUUAGUGGUGCCCACUUUAUAACUGGCAUGAAGAUGAACAAUCAAAAGCAACGAAGAAGAGUGGCGCGGUUGACUGUGUAAAGCUUGACAGCGUGAGGAGUGGGCGCAUAGCGCUCGCGACGAGAAUGAAAACGGGCUUCGCGCCUCAUACAUGAGCAUGGUGCAGGCGCUGGACUUACUUGGUGAAACGGGGGGGGGCGGCGGGGAACUUGGCCGUGUGGCUCUAAGUUUGCAAAUGCCGAAGGUAUGAGACUCGGGCGCCUCUGGCAAAAAGCAUAGCCCCCUGUCGGUCACCAGUAGUUCACUAACAAACCCCUCGCUUCUAGUGCUCAAACCUGGCGCCGCUCUUCAGGCUUUAAAUUCUGUCGGUUCUUCUCUUCCUCUAAAUUCUGUCGGUUCUCCUCUCUUCUCCUCUCUUCUCCUCUCUUCUCCUCUCUUCUCCUCUCUUCUCCUCUCUUCUCCUCUCAACCGUUCUGGCACUUCCCUCACGCUUAGGUCCUUAUUGCUAUGGUCAUCUUGACUCAAAAACAAACAGGUAAACUGGACAUGACAAGCUCGCGAUACGCGGAUCAGAUUGCAUUGUUUGGUGCAGAUUUCCAAGAUAAGCUUGCUAAGCUCAACCUGUUUGUAGUCGGUGCGGGUGCAUUGGGUUGCGAGUUUCUCAAGGGGCUCUCACUCAUGGGAUGCUCGUCGGGUUCCGGAGGUCAGCUGACCUGUACUGACAUGGACAGGAUCGAGGUGCCUAGAAAAAUAUUCUUUGAAAAUGAAACAGAAAAAUAUCUUUUGUUUCGCAGCGUCAUUUUUAUGCCCGUUGAUGACAUGUAAAAAAAUGUAUCUUGGUGCCAUUCUCGGCUCCAUCUUUCCGUGAUAUCGGAUAACUCGAAAAUUCAUCCGUCAGGUAUCCAACCUGAAUCGGCAGUUUUUGUUUCACCGCGAGCACAUUGGUAGUGCCAAGAGUUCCACCGCGUGCGCUGCGGCCAAAGAGUUUAACCGGGAGCUGAACGUCUUCCCAAUGGAGGCCCGUGUCGGCCCCGACACUGAGGACACCUUCAACGAUGACUUUUGGAACCGCCAGGAUUGUAUCGUCAAUGCGCUUGACAAUGUCCAGGCACGACUCUACGUCGACAGCAAGUGUGUGUGGUACGAAAAGCCGCUGUUGGAGAGCGGAACUCUGGGCACAAAAGGCAAUGUCCAAGUCGUCUUGCCAUUCUUGACACAAAGUUACGGAGACAGUCAAGAUCCGCCUGAAGAGAGCAUUCCACUGUGCACCAUGAAACACUUUCCCCAUGCCAUCGAACACACCAUUGAGUGGGCGCGCGACGCUUUCCAGAAAUGCUUCGUUGACGCCGCCCAGGAAGUGAAUACCUACUUGGAAAAUCCGGAAGCCUUCCUUAAAAAACUUAGGCAAGAGGCCAGUGCAAGUGCACAGGUAUUCUAUUGUUUUCUACGUGUUGUCUUCUACGUGUUGUACAGGAUCAUUAUGAUUAUGCUUUAUAGUAAUAUGAAAUUGAAGCAGUAGAAGGAGCUGUGGUUUUGAGCAGUCUUGUCCUCAUGAUUCACAUGCACAUCCUGAGUUGUCCCUUAUGAGUUACUAGAGAUCUGCGCUCCACUUCCGAUAUGAUUCGAUCAACAACGAAUGCGCAAGUUCAUCUUCAGGUCGCUAAGCUUCGCGCUGUGAAGCGCAUGUUGUUUAGGUCAAAACCAGAGCUGCGGACGCUAGUCCAGUAUGCGGUCGACCAGUGGCACGAGGACUUCAGGGAUCAGAUAUGUCAGCUGCUGCACAAUUUUCCGGCAGAUCAUAUGACGUCCGAGGGCGUCAAGUUCUGGUCCGGUCCGAAGCGUAUGCCGACAGCGCUGAACUUCGAUCCGUCGGAUGAGACGCACAUCGGCUAUGUGCAGAGCGCCGUGAGUCUGUUGUUGAACAACUUGGGCGAGCCAGCCGAGCAUGACGUCGAGAAAAUUCGUGCCGUCGCAGCUAAGUGUAAAAUUUCUGCUUUCGAGGCAAAAGCGGGCAUGAAGAUAAAAACGGACGACAAAGACAAGGAAACGGUCGAGGGCGGCGCAGACGACGCGCGAGUUGCGAACGAACUUGCUGAGCAGAUGCUUCAGCAGUACAGCGAAGCUGCUUCCUCCUCCUCUUCUAAUGGCGCAGCAGGGAACGGAAAAGCGAGCAAGCAUCCGUUUUUGACACUGUGCCCGAUCGACUUCGAGAAGGAUGACGAUGCGAAUUUCCACAUUGCGUUUAUGGCAGCAAGCGCAAACUUGCGCGCGCGCAACUACAACAUCCAGGAAGCGCCGUUCCACAAGGUGAAGAUGAUCGCAGGAAAGAUCAUUCCCGCCAUCGCAACAACAACGGCUAUGAUCACCGGUUUAGUGCUCUGCGAGUUGUACAAGAUAGCGCAGAAAUGCAAGAUGCUGGAUAGAUACAAGAACGGCUUCGUCAAUCUCGCACUGCCUUUGUUCGUUCUGUCAGAGCCCAUGGAACCAGUAAAGACAAAGUCGCGCGAGUUUGAUCCAGUGGCGCAAGGACCAGUAAAGGCCAUGCCGGAGGGGUUCUCCAGCUGGGACAAAGUCAUUGUCGACAAAGGAGACAUCACCAUGGGACAACUGGUAUUUGAGACCUUGGUUUUAGAGAAUUUGGGUCAAUUGUUAUGUGAUGGCAAAAGACCACAGCCUAUCAAUCAGCUUUAGAUGUUGUUAUAUUCUUACCUUAAGAAUAAGAUUUUGCAGACCGUCUUCUGCACACACGUGACUUUUGAUGACACAAACUCUUCAAAACUUGUUCUGGCAUAAACUUGCUCCUAUUUUUGAAAGGUAAACGAGAUCGAGAGUCGAUUUAACGCGGAGAUCAUGAUUUUGUCCGCCGGAAAUGCGUGCUUGUACAACGCCUACCUCCCUAGCCACAAGAAGAGGCAACAACAGAGAGUUACGGAACUGUACGAGCAGAUAACGAAGAAGCAGCUACCAGAGCACCGAUCAAGUCUGGCGAUCGAGUUUACCGGUUCGGAUAUUGAUGACGGUGUAGACGUCCAGACGCCAACCUUGAAACUCAUUUUCCGAAAAUGAACAGAAGCACAUCGGCAUUUCGCUCAAUAUCGAGAAAGUAGCUGUGCUGGACGAAAGUGCGUGUGCGAGGGAACGAACACAUUUCAUAGAACAUGUUGUUUUCGCACCUCGAAGUCCCACUUCAAGUGACUUGUUCACAGCCAUACGUCACACGUUGAGGUCCAAGUGUAUUGGCUCGCAGCUGUCUUUAACAAGAUGAUGCUAGAAAUCAUGAUCCAGACAAGGACUUGUUGCGGCAGUCGCAGUGAAAACAAAAGAUGUGCACUGCAGCCAAGACAGCACUGUGAUUCACACGGUAUGCGCAAAGACUUUGAUCACCCGGUACCUACGUAUUAAAGACAUCGACCUCUUUAUUUUUUCUCGAUCCCUCUUGGAAGACAAGGAGGAAAUGUACCCACACACAGCUUUUGGUAUCUAACUGUACCACCCGUUGUGUAACAUAAGAAAUCACCGAUUCUAUUCGCUUCGAGGCAACAACGUUUACUUUGCUGAAUUCAUCACCCUUCAUAAACAUAAACCGGG